AUGAAAUAUUUUCAAGAGAACAAAGACAAAGAGAGAGAAGAACCUACUCGUGAGUCUGCCGAAAGAGAAACUCGCUGGAAGAGAAGCCGCUGGAGGAGAAGUCACAGGAGGAGACGUCACCAAAGGAGACCGUCACUGGAGAAGACGUCGCAGAAGGAGGUCGCUACUGGAGGAGACGCCGCUGGAGGAGAUGUUGUCGGAGGAGACCAUUUUGCCAACCCUCGUGGAUUAGAUGUUAUCGUCCUCAAUGAUGAUGAUAUUGAAGAUCGGAGGCAAGAUAGUAUUCAACACUGGCAUUGGAAAGAGGAUGAGAUGCUGAUCAGUGCAUGGUUAAAUGUUUCAACUGACUCUGGGGUAGUUGUAUGUAAGAAACGAUGGUAUAAGAUCAACAAGGCUAUUGCACAAUUUGCUGGUUGCUACGAUCAAGCUAGUCGAAACAUAAGGAGUGGUUCGAACGUUGAUGAUAUAAAGGAGUUGGCUUAUAAACUUUAUUCCACAAAUUAUGGUCAAAAAUUCACUUUUGAGAGGCAUUGGAACAUGCUUCGGUUGGAGCAAAAAUGGAGAAGCCAACUAUCUACACAGAGUGGCGGCUCAAAGAGAACCAAGGUUAGUGCAACUGGAGCAUACUCAUCCUCAUCAAACCCAGAAAUACUGUUGACUGACGAAUCCGGUGUGGACUCUCCCGUUCGCCCACAAGGAUCAAAGAAGAGCAAGCGAAAAGGUAAGGAAAAAGCACAGAUGUCUGAAGAUUUUAGCGAAAGAAAAUCAUCGGUUGUCAAAAAAUUAUCUCUCAUGGAAGAUAUUAAGAAUGUUAGAGAAAAAGAACUAAUGGAUAUGGAAAAAGAAAGAGAAGAGGAGAAGGAACAUAGAGCAAAGAUUAUGGCAAUCAAAGAGAAGAAGUUACAAAUUCAAGCGGCAAUGAAAGAACAAUAA